AUGAUUGUUGUUGGUGAUUUCGACAAGGAUCAUCGAUUGGAUCUCGCUAUCGCAAACUUCGGUACAAAUAACAUCGGUAUCCUUCUUGGAUCCGAAAAUGGCUCUUUUACAAGUCAAAAAACGUUUUCAACUGGCUCUUCUCGUCCCAUUUGGAUCCAUGUAACUGAUCUCAAUAAUGACACAGCAUUAGAUAUUGUUGCUGCUGAUUAUGGCACACACAGUAUAAGUAUAUUUGAUGGAUAUGGAAAUGGAAGCUUUGCAAAAUCAGGCACGUAUUCAACGGGCUAUGAUUCUUUUCCUUUUUCGGUUGUCAGCGGGGAUUUUAAUAACGACCAACAGCUGGAUCUUGCUUUCACUAGUUAUGGUACAAACAAUAUUGGUAUACUCUUUGGAAAUAGUAAUGGCACUUUCGCAAAUCUAAGCACGCUUUUGACUGGUUCUGAUUCCCAUCCAUACUGGACUGCUGUGGGCCAUUUAAAUGACGAUGAGACGCUAGAUAUCGCGGUCACCAAUAAUGGAAAGAAUAAUGUCGGUGUUUUUCUUGGGCAUGGCAAUGGAACUUUUGGACGUCAAACGACAUAUUCGCUUGACGCUGUUUCUCCAUAUUCUAUUGGCAUUGGUGACUUCAAUAAGGACAAUCGGAUGGACUUAGUCGUCACCAAUAAUGGUACUGACAAUAUUGCUGUGCUUCUUGGAAAUGGUAACGGUACUUUUGUAAAUCCAACAAUGUAUUCAACUGGAUCUUCUUCUUCGAUCUACAUUGCCAUAGGUGAUUUCAAUAGAGAUGAUCGUUUAGAUAUUUUCGUCAUCAAUAAUGACACGAGCACCAUAGAUAUCUUGCUUGGCUAUGACGAGGGCUUUCCGGUUCAAACUAAAUAUGACACUGGCUAUUCACCACAGUGGGUAAGUAUUGGUGAUUUUAAUAACGACACCGUACUGGACAUUGCCGUCACCAAUUAUCAAGAAAACACUGUAAAUAUACUUCUCGGAUAUAGCGAUGGCUCUUUUGCAAAUCGAACGUCAUAUUCAACUGGGUCUGGCCCAUAUUCUGUAGUUGUUGGUGAUUUUAAUAAUGACACCCAGUUGGAUAUGAUUGUCACUAAUUCUAGAGGUUACGACGUAAGCGUAUUUCUCGGAUAUGGAAAUGGCUCUUUUACAGAUCAAACGACAUAUUCUACCGGUGCGUAUCCGUAUGGUUUAGCGGUUAGUGACUUAAACAACGACACCCAAUUGGAUAUCGUCGUCACUAAUUAUGGUGACAACACGAUAAGUGUACUUAUGGGAUAUGGCAACGGCUCUUUUGAAAAUCAAGUGACAUAUACAGCCGGUGUUACUCCACACGAUGUAGCUGUUGAUGAUUUUAAUAAGGACACCCGAUCGGAUAUUGUUGUCACUAAUAUGGAUGGCAACACUGUAAGUAUACUUCUAGGAUAUGGCAAUGGCUCUUUUGCAAAUCGAGUAGAAUAUUCAACUGGCGCUUAUCCAGAUCGUGUAGUUGUGGCUGAUUUUAACAAUGAUACCUGUUUAGAUAUCGCGGUCACUAAUUAUUUUGACAACACGAUAAGUGUACUUCUCGGAUAUGGUGAUGGCUCUUUUGCAAUGCAAAAGACAUAUUCAACUGGCAAUGGGCCAAUCGGCUUAGCUGUUAGUGAUUUCAAUAAUGACACCAAACUAGAUAUUGUUGUGAGUAAUGCUGGAAAUAAUACCAUAGGUAUACUCGUCGGAUAUGGUAAUGGUUCUUUUGCAAGUCAAAAGACAUAUUCAACCGGUACUUAUCCAUUAAGUUUAGCUGUUAAUGAUUUUAACAAUGACACACGGCCAGAUAUCGUCGUCACUAAUCGUAAGGAUCAUACUGUUAGUGUUCUACUUCGUCAUGACAGAGGAGUUAUGAAGAAUGAAAUUACAUUUACGCUCAGUGCUGGUGCUCAUUUAGCAUGCGUUGCCGUUUCUGAUUUCAAUAAAGAUAACCUAUUGGAUAUCGCCGUUGCUAAUUAUGGUAGUAGUAACCUAGGUAUCAUUCUCGGAUAUGGAAAUGGUAUGUUUGGAAACGAAUUGAUACUUUCAACAGGAUUACAAUCUCAUCCUUACUCAAUUAUAAUUAAUGACUUCAAUAAAGACGAUCAAGUGGAUAUUUCAGUAGUCAAUCAUGGUACUAAAAAUCUUAAUACAUUUCUGGGAAGGGGGAACAGAAUGUUUGAAAGUCAAGCAAAUUAUAGCACUAGUUUCAAUGUCGCUCCAUUGGCUCUUGGUGCCGGUGAUUUCAAUAGUGAUGAACGUUUGGAAAUUGUUGUUGCAUAUGAGGAUAUUGAUAAUUUGGAUAUAUUCUUUAUGUAUGAUGUCGGAGAUUUUUCUCAUCGAACGACAUACUCAACUAGUCUUUGGCCAAGCUAUGUAGCUUUUGGUGAUUUUAAUAACGAUACUCGACUAGAUUUCGUUGUUACUACGGAGUAUUACAAUAAUGUAGCUGUAUAUCUUGGGUAUGCUAAUGGCUCUUUUGCAAAUCCAACAACAUAUUUAGUUGGCAGGUCCUCAUCCCGGGUAGUUGUUGGUGAUUUUAACAACGACGACCGAUCAGAUAUUGUCGUCCUUAAUUUUAGUGACGACACUGUAAGUGUACUUCUUGGUUAUGGCAAUGGUUCAUUUGCAAUACAAAAGAUAUUUUCAGCUGGCUAUAAUCCAUGUCAUUUAGCGAUUGGUGAUUUUAAUCAGGACAGUCGACUGGAUAUCGUCGUCGCUAAUUAUGAUUACUAUUCUGUAACUAUUCUUCUAGGAUAUGGCAAUGGUUCUUUUGCAAGUAAGAUCAAUUAUUCAACCGGUUCUCGAUCAUUCUCUGUGGCUGUUGGUGAUUUCAAUAAUGACACCCGACAGGAUAUCGUCGUCGCUAAUUUUAAUAACAACUCUAUAAGUGUUCUUCUGGGAUAUGGCAAUGGCUCUUUUACAAGAGAAGUGAAAUAUUCCACUGGCACCGCACCAGUAUGGGUAGCUGUCUAUGAUAUUAAUAAUGACAGCCGACUGGAUAUCGUCGUCACUAAUCGUGAUGACAACACUGUAAGUAUACUUCUCGGAUAUGGUAAUGGUUCUUUUGCAAAUCAGACGACAUAUUCGACAGGUAAUCUUCCACUCAUCGUAGCAGUUGGUGAUUUAAAUAAUGAUAAUCGAUUGGACAUUGUUACCAAUAAUUAUCGUGACAGCACUGUAAGUGUACUUCUAGGAAACGGCAAUGGUUCUUUUGCAAAUCAAAUGACAUAUUCCAUUGGUACUACUCCAACUAGUGUAGCUCUUGUUGAUUUGAAUAACGACGGCCGACUAGAUAUUGUCUCCCCUAAUUAUUACAACAGAAGUAUAAGUGUACUGCUAGGAUAUUUCAAUCAAGUUUUUGUUAAACAAACGACGCUCGUCACUGGAAAUAGGUCUCGACCAAUGUCAUUUGUCACAGGACAUUUUAACAGUGACAAUCACUUGGAUAUUGCAGUCGUAAAUUCGGGUACUAACACCAUGGGCAUUUUUUUGGGAUAUGGUAACGGCUCUUUCACAAAUCAAAAAGCAUUUUCAACUUGCUCUACUCCAGUGUCUAUUGCUGUUGGUGAUUUCAAUAAUGAUACCAUAUUGGAUAUCGUCGUAGCUAAUUCUGGCAAUGACACUGUUGGACUAUUUCUUGGAUACAGUAAUGGUUCUUUUUCAAGCCAAAAGACGUUUAUGACGGGCUUCGCAUCUUUGCCUUGCAUGGUCGCUGUUGGCGAUUUCAAUAAUGACACUUUACUAGACAUUAUCGUCACCAAUUAUGGCGCCAACAAUGUAGGUGUGCUGCUUGGAUAUGGUAAUGGUUCCUUCGCUGACAUAAAGCUUUUUUCGACCGAGUACGGAUCUCGUCCAUUCUCGGUUUCUGUGAAUGAUUUUGACAAUGAUGGGAAGCUAGAUUUCGCCGUCGCUAACAAAGGUGCCGACAACAUAAAAAUUUUCUUACAGACUUGUUAAUAUUGGAACUUCUAACUUGCGUUUUUUUUAUUCUAUUCACUAUUGCUAACUUUUACUUAGCGUUAUCAACAAAGGAGAAACAGCAGACUUUUGUACUUCAAGUAUGCUGUUUCUCCCUUGGUUAUCAAUAUUUCCUGUAAGUUUUUUUUUUCGUUUUUAAUAUUUACCUCUUAAUUUAUAUAUUCAUAUAAACUAUGAGUGAGCGCAGGAUAAUGCAACAAAAGGGAAGUAGCCGAUUGUCGACAGUUAGAAAAAAUGAAAUUGAAAUCAAUUCAAGUUAUUUUUAUGAUUAUUUAAGUUUUAUGCUUCUACUCAUGUGUAGGUGAAAAAAUGCACAAGAGUUUUACAUAACGAUAUUGAUAUAGUCCUGUUAUGUAAUGAUGCAUAUAAAUAUAUUAAUUUAUUUUGAAUUCAUUCCAACCAGUAAUGACAGUUCAUGAUGAUAUUCGAAAACCUUAAUUUUUCCUUCUUUGUAAUGCUGUUCGAGUUGAUCGAGCUUAUUUUGUAGGGCACAUGUUUUCUGUGCCAUAUUUUUAAGUUGCCGCAAUUAGCUUAUUAAUGAAAGACUAAAUGUUUGGAUGCUUCUUUUCGAUUCGUUUAUUGAAUCAACAAUGCCAGGCUGCAAUGAUAUGAUCUCCUGACUUUCCUAAAUACUGAUUAAUGUACUCAAUAUGAAUAUAAGUCGAGCACAUUCAAUCGUUGUAACAUCAAUACUUGAUUUUGUUUUAGUUUUGUUUAGUAGAUAAAGCAACCCGUCACAAACCAAAAUCGAUUUCCGUUUGUUUCUGACCGAAAAGCUGAGAACAGGAGAAGUACACAUAAUAAAAUAGAAGUGAGAACCAACUUCAAAUAGAUAAGAUACAAUAAGGUGUGUGGGUGUGGGUGUGGCUGUGUGGGUGUGGCUGUGGGUGUAUGUGUGGGUGUGGGUGUGUGGGUGUGGCUGUGGCUGUGGGUGUGGGUGUGGGUGUGAAUUAGUGCUAAUGAAACAUACCCACACCCACACCCUCAAAAUUGGGUUUUAAAAUAUUCUUUAUUUUUAUUCAAUAAUUUUAUUCCAAUUAUUCGAGUUUACUUCAUAAUUCGCCUUAAUUUCAGAAUUUUUUGAUCAAAAUUGAUCGUCCACUGAUUGAAACAAAAACUAAAAUUCGCCAGCUUUUUUUUUUGACUAAGACAGCAAUAAUGAAUGUCUACGUUGUGAAUUUUAAAAAAAUUACUAAAUAUCGACUUCAUAAUUCCCCGUGCAAAUUGAUCGAAUAUCCCAUAUGCACGUCAUAUUUAUUCCAUAAGUAAGUUAUACGGAAUCUUAAAUAAAAUAAAAGUUCUUGUAUCACUUACCGAGAUAUAGAAAGUUUUCUUUUUUGAUGACUUUUUUUAUUAUAAAAAAAUUUUUCUCAUUAGAAAAAAUAUAAUUUUUAGUGUUCAAAAAAAUAAUCUUUUUCAAGAUGAAAAAUAUUAUUUCUUGUGUCUAAAAGAAUAUUUUCUCUCUGGACAAAAAGUAUUAUUUUCAGUUUUUAAUAAAAAAAGCGUAAGUACUAUAAUUCUUAUGAAUUAAAAAGGUCGUUUUUAUAUAGGAAUAAUAGUUCAUAUUUAGCUCAACUGUUCGACGAAAGUGAAUCGUAAGUAACCAUAUUCUAACCUAUUUUUCUGCUUAUGUUCGAUAGAUUUCGAUGGCUCGAAAUUUAUAUUCGAUGGGUCUGGACAACUUAGAAUCGAGACAUCUAUCGGACAAAAGUUCAUUUUUUCAAUGAAAUUUCAACCCAUCGGAAACGAUUAAUCGAGUAGUUGAAAAUUACUAGUAAAAACAACCUAUCGCCGAGUCCUCGACUCAUCGGAAAAUGGCAAACCAAGGGGUCGAUUUGAAAUUUCGAUGCCCAACGGAAAUCAAAAUCGACGCAUCGAAAUAUCUAUCGAAUGGUUGGUUGGGUAGAAACAGAAAAUCAUAUUGAGUAAGACAAAUAAAAACGCACAGCAAAUGCAAGAUGAAUAUUAUCACAGAAUUUAUUUGAGUUUGAAGAGGCAUUUAGAGGGUGUGGGUGUGGGUGUGGGUGUGGGUGUGGGUGUGGGUGUGGGUGUGGGUGUGGGUGUGGGUGUGGGUGUCGGUGUGGGUGUGGGUGUGGGUGUGGG